UUCUCGACCAGGCCAGGCCAGGGAUAUGGUAUUGGCGAAUAAAACUGACAGAGAACCAUUCGGUGUUUGGAUUCUUCUUCAUCAACAUUGGCUACCUCGUUGUUCCUCACGAUAGUCAUCAACAGGCUUGUAUUGUGAGCAGAAGCGGGCUGGACUUUGUUCGAAAGUGUUCAAAUAUAGGCGAGAUGGAGCCUUCCUAUGACGAAACGACCGACUUCAACUACGAUCUGGACGAUCCCGCUCUAGAUUUUGAUGAAAAUAUUCACCUUGAUGGCCUAAUCGGCAACCCCGAGUUCGUGCCUCUUUUCGACAUUGGAAUUACCAUCGUUGUAAUCGAAGCUAUUACAAAAGCAUUCGUAGUGUUCGAGCAUGAAGGUGUGCGACACCAUAUCUGGAUUGACUUGCCUACUGUGGACGAGAUUAUGAGAAGAAGACCGAGGAAGACUAACGGCUUUUUAUAUUCAAGAACUGCUUUCUCCGAGCAUUAA